CAGAGCACAACACGGCAGUGGAGCAGAACAACAAGCGACAUGGAGCAGCAUCGGAUGGACCGGGUGGGCCUGCUGUCCCCCCUGGAGGAGUCCAGCGCGGAGAUCAGCAGAGACAGCGGCAUCGUGUCGCAGAGCGCCAGCAGCCUGUCCAUGGUGAGCGACAUCCUGAGCAGCGGCACCGUGUCGCAGAGCCCCAGCUUCGGAGCGGCGGCGGCAGCGGCGGCGGCGAACGUGAUCUCCCAAAGCCCGAGCUUCGACGAGGCGGCCGAACCGGGAACGGCCGGCCUUCACGACCCGGACCAGGACGACGAAGUCCUCCGACGCACCGCGCUCGACUACUCCUCCUACAUUCGGGCGACGGCCGGAGAGGAGAUGCUGUGUUUAGAAAAAAGUUUGGAAGAAAUGCUGACGAGAGUAGACGAGUUUGUUGGGAUGCUGGAUAUGAUCCGUAACGAUACCUCACAGAUAGUGAAUGACAACCUACCUCAAAUCCAACAGAAGUCUGAUGAAAUGAGACAGAUAUACCGAAGAAUUGAUAAAUUAGAGGCUUUUGUAAAAAUGGUGGGAUCCAACGUCAACGCAAUGGAGGAGCAGGUCACACUGGCAGAAGGAGAGCUGGGAACGCUGCCGGUGGCUUUUAAGAUGUUUCGCAGUUUCCCAGGUUUUUUAAAUAGACCGGCCAGCCCAAGAAGACCAGCGCCGCAUCAGCGUCAGGAAGUCCCCAGCGUGUUCCAGACAGACGAUUAUUUCACGUCGCAGCCGGAGCAGUGACACAGCGGGACCGCGGAGGCGCGAUUCGGCUCGAACCUCGGAGGCCAGUUGGGUGAAACUGUACAGACAACUUUUACUGCCAUCCAUCGCAAGAGGAUCUAACAGCGCAGUGGCCUCAGCAAAGCAAUAGCAGCCUUUUCUGAACAAGCCCGUGGAAGUGGAGUGCGUGAAGACAUUCUGGAGGUUUUUUUUGAGUGUCGUUCUCCUGGCAGCAACAAGCACUGAACUGUAGCGACAUGAUUUCAAAAGUGCCUACACAGGUUUUUUUUUUUUUUUUUUUUUUUUCUGUCCAUUUUGUUUUCACUUUCCGUGAAGGAAACCACGUCUAACGGUGACGUUGGAUUAGUCACACACACGGCGGAGACAGUCAUCGCGUCUGCCAAUCCAAAACUGUAAAGAAGGUGUAAUGACAGGAGCUGUAAAGAUCUUUAGAUGUUAUACAUAAAGACUUCAAUUAACCCAGCUUUUGUAUGAAAAGACAUUCCUAUCACCAGUGUUUGUACAGACCUGCACGCUGUUAUUGACUGUAUUUCUGUAUGUCUCAUCACUCUCCCCGAGCAAUAGCGAUUUUAUCCACUUAAGCAUUUAAAGUCUUCCAUUUCAGAGUUUUCACUUUAUUUCUUACUUGCUAUGAAUGACAAAAAAAAAAAAAAAAAAAAAUCUUGCUGACAUGAAGCUACGUCUUUGAUAGCACCUUUUCAGAAACAAAGCACA